UAUCCCGCAAAUAUAGUUUGAUCUACGUUGUCACAAACCUCGGGUUGCUGUUUGUUUAUGAUCUAGAGAUGGCGACGGCAGUAUGCAGAACUAGGAUCAGCCCACAUCCUAUAUUUUUAACCUCUGAAGAUUCAGUGCUGGGUGGGUUGUAUGCCAUCAACACGCAAGGUCAGGUGUUGUUGGCUACUGUAAAUGAAGCAACAAUAGUGGCAUUUGUUAGUGAUCAAUUGAACAAUUUGGGGCUUGCUGUCAAUCUGGCUAAAAGAGCAAACCUUCCAGUGGCAGAGAAUUUGGUAAGUAUCUUGAAGACAGGGAUUGGAGACAGGCCGUCUUGUUUCUUGAUCUACCGAGAUUGUCCAACGUUUUGAAGAAUUGUUUGCUCAGACGAAGUAUAUAGAAGCUGCUGAGUUUGCUGCAGAGUCUCCGCAAGGAUCCUUCGUACACCUGAUUCAUUAUCCAAGCUUCAGGUCUGAUUUUUUUCUUCUUCCUUUAAUCACAGAGUAUUUGCAUAAAUCCUCUACCCAGAGUGAUCCUGUGCAAGUUGGGCAAACUCCACCACUGUUGCAAUACUUGAGUAUCCUUUUAACAAUAGUGAAGCUCAAUGCAUUCGAGUCAUUGGAAUCAUCUCGGAUUGCUCUAGACCAAAACAAGAAGAAUCUUCUUGAGACCUGGUUGGCAGAAGAUAAACUGGAGUGUAGUGAGGAACUUGGAGACUUUGUGAAGACUGUGGACGACGAUCUUGCGCUGAAAAUAUAUAUUAGAGCUAGGGCAGCUUCAAAAGUUGUUGCAGCUUUUGCUGACCGCAGAGAGUUUCACUUUGACAAAAUCUUAAAGAAACUGUUUCCUCAGGUUGGGUACAGUCUCGACUACUUGUUCCUUCUGCAAACAAUUCUUGGUACUCAUCCACAGGUUUGUUUCUGUUUUCUGUUGUCUUUAGCGUUUGAGGUGUCAAGUCAUCAUAUAAGUAAUUGGUAAAUAUGUUCCGAUGUGUUUAUACCACUUCGUUAAAAAGCCUUUUUCAGUAAACUUUUAUGGAUAUUUCUGAUAAAUUAAAAUUUCAUCUAUUGUUUGCCAAUCUAUAGACUUAUUGAUGAGCUCCCUACAUUUGAUUCUCAACAACGAACUCUGUUGUUGUUUUGGUUUCUGCUUGUUAGUCGCUGCCGUUGCGAAAUUCGGCUGACCAUUUAAUCGACAUAGAAGAUAAUGGCAUUGUGGAGGGUGGUUCAAGUCAGAAGGUUAAAACCGGAUAUUGCAUAACUCAUUCUCCCUGUUUUUAGGUCAAUUUAGAUAUUAAGAUUUGAGUAUUUUGACUACUGACUACUGAGCACCGAUUGUUCCUCAUCUAUUUUUUGGCUUGAUGUUCAAACGGAUAGAUUUGGAUCUUUCUCAUUGUCAACUUCCGGAAUAUGCAUUGGCAGCAAUGUUAAUGGCUCUCCUAGGUUUGCUCGGAUGCACGACGGAGUUAGCCUUUAAGGGUGGAAAGGAAAAGGCGAGAUGGAGAUGGGAUAAGGAGAUACCAUGGUUUUAUUGUUCAACAGCUCGUCCUACAAGUUUCAGGCGUUUCGGUAGCUUUGCUGAAAUAUUUGGAUUGGUAUGUGCCGUACUUCAAAGUAUUUCAGCACUUGUGGCUUAUGUCUUUUAUAGUCGGCACUCUGAUAAUCCCAUCAAGGUCUCAUAUUCGCCAAUUAUUUUUGCACUUGGUCUAUUGUUCUCUCAAUAUCUCAAGGAUCGAAGUCGGAAAGUGAAUGUGGCUGGUCAUGAAGAUUAGAUUGUAUUGCUCUUCUUAUGCAUAUUGGGUUUCGUUCAUGUAAAUAGGAUGCCAAAAGGAUUUUCUGAUUGCCAAGUUUUGUCCAAGUUGCUUUUAAUUACUUGAUACUGAAAGUCCGAAACAACCGAUGUAAUUUUUGAUAAGCAACGUGGUAGAAAAAAAAAACAUGUACAAUAUAGAG